AUGGAUUGUUUGGAAUCUAAGGACUGGAUUUUCUUCAAUAAGGGAAAAGCCAAUACAUUAUAUCGUUAUAUUGGAAAUGAUUCGCAAUUCAAAGAUAAACUCCUAAGAUUAAGACAAUCCAAUCAAACAAUAACAUCAAAACAAGUUUAUGAGUACAUUGAAGAUGUAGUAAGGCCUAAAUUGAAUCAAGUUAUUGAAUGUGAUCUUGUUAAAGUUGAUUUCCAAGUUGAUGGGCUGCUAAAUGAUGGAUUUGGGCUCUUGAUACCUAAUUUAAUCCCAUUAGAUUCCAAAAUUAUAAAGAAGGAAAAGUACUUCACAACAUUUGAAAAUUCAAAUCAAUUCAUCUUGGAAUUGAAACCUAAAUGGCUUGAUAUUGGUAGAGCUUGUCGAAAUUGUGCACAUCAUAGAUAUAAACAUCAUGAAGAACCAAAUUUUUGUGCUUUAGAUUUACUAGAUUUUGACAAGAUUCAAAAUGCAGUUGAAAUUAUAACGGAUGAUCAUAAUGUUCAAAAUACAUUGAUUAAUUAUUUCCAAAGUGAAGAAAAUAUACUGUCCAAGAUUUUAAAACUUCAAGAGAUUAAGAAAUAUGACAUUUCCAAAAUAAAAAAGGAAUCAGAUAUCACACCAGAUUUUACAUUUUCAAUGACGAUGAGAGAUGUUUCUGUAUUCAUAAUUAUUCAAGAUCAAAAAGUUUCGAAAAUUGUCGUCACAGAUACAGAUCCUAAAUCAACUACAAAAUGGAAACAUUGGGUAUCAACAGAACAAACAUUAAUUGAUAAUGGUUUCUAUAAGUAA